CAGCCAUGACAUUGUGGCUGUCACCGCUUUUGUGCUUCAUCCAGCCGCGUUGUGGCACAUAGAGCGCGAGUAGGACUCUGUUCGACUCCUGGCGUCACGCGAAACGAGUGCUGCGCUUCCGGCUGGGCCUGUGGCGGCUACAGCAUUUCUAAAGGAAAAAAACAGCAAAACCGCAGCGCACAAACGCCGGGCGCAGCGCAACAAAAACGCCGGGCACGACGAGCCUUGCCUCCGCAACGCUUCGUAGCCUGUACCAGAGAUCUCUUGGAGGUGUUGAGGGAGUGCCGCACCACACAUUAAAUUAUGGACGGCAUAACAGCAUUGCAAAAACACCUCGUCCGCGUAAAACUCGAGCACGCCGAGCGCGAGGCGGCCUUGGAGCGGACCGUCGCCGAGUUGAGAGGCGAAAACGACGAGCUCAAGGCCGCGCUAGACGACGCGGCCGACGAGUUGGACCUGUGUUGGGCCCACGUGCACCAGCUGCGCCUCGAGACCACCACAAAAUUCCAGGUCGAGGAGCGCGACGACUGGCGCGCGUUAGUGCGAAGCGUCCAGGAGGACCGCCAGCGGCUCCAGCAGGAGAACGCGCGGCUCCAGGCGCUCGUCGCGCCGGGGCCGGCCGCGCGAACUACCUCGGCUCCGCUUCCCGACGCGCUGACGUCGCCGCGGCCGCCGCGCCCGACGCGGCCGCCGCCGCCGCCGCCCGUCGAGACGCCGCGCCUCGCAAAGAAGCCGCGCGAGCGCGCGCCGUCGCCCCGCGCGACGGCCUACGCGCUCACCGGCACGCCGCGGAAGCGCAAAAUCGUGCUGCCGCGGCCGAGCCCGUCAGCGCGCGAGCCGUGGUUCCUGUGGGUGCUGCUCUUCGGGCGGCCGCUCGACAUCGACGGGCCGGUACUGUGUGUAUGAGGUUUAGAGACCUAAAACUUAUAAAUAUGAACACGAUCGAUGCUGGGG